CGCUUUUGGCCUUAUGGUGACAGGCUGUCAGUCGGUUGCCAAGGAAGGCCUACACAUUCGGGCCGUCGAAUUGGAGGGAAAGCCGCUGAUUAUGAGUCAAGAUAGUAAGCCAUUUAACCCUGAGGAGGUUAGGGUUAUUAUGGCAUCAUUGCAGCAGCCUGCAGUAUUCCUCAAUAUGGUUUCCGACUGGCCAGCACUGAAGUGGAAUGUGGAGCAUCUUUCACAUCUCCUGAAUGGAAAACCAUUUAAGUUCAGGAUUGGAGAAAGGAAAAUGACUAAAGACAAGCCUUGUGUAAUAAUAGCUCUUUCAGUUGCUAAGAGUUUCCUGGGGGUGGAAGAAGUCACUUUGGGUGUUUUACGUAAAGAGAUUAAGGCAAACAAGUUGAAGUUGGAUUUGCCUGUGUCUCCUGGAAAAGGGAAGCUCCAUGCAGACAGUCGCCCGAGGCUGGAAUCGAACCUGUGUCCCUGGCGCUGUGAGGCAGCCAUGCUAACCACUGAGCCACCACACUGCCCACCAAAGAAAUUGUGCCAGGACGUAAUUUGGUCUGACUUUGGGUACCCAGGGAGGGAUGCUCGGGACAGCACGCUAUGGAUCGGUACUGAAGCGGCAAACACCCCCUGUCACCUUGAUUCCUAUGGAUGCAAUCUGGUGUUGCAAGUGCAAGGAAGAAAGAGAUGGCAUCUUUUCCCCCCAGAAGACACCGCCUCCCUGUAUCCCACUCGUAUUCCUUAUGAAGAGUCUAGUGUAUUUAGCAGUGUGAACGUGGUCAACCCUGAUUUUGCACGGUUCCCUCGAUUUCAUGGAGCCAGACCGCAUGUUGUGACAUUGCAUCCAGGAGAGCAAUUCUACUUUGAAAUCGGAAUAGCACACUAUUGA